AUGUUCAAUAAUGCUAAAGAUCAAGUGGCUGAAAAAGUAAAAGAAAAAGUUCAAAAACAUAUAUUGAAUGUUAAUGAUGAUCGAGCAUGCUCAGCAACAUUUAAAACUGAAUAUCGAACAGUACUAACUGCAUAUCGUCAAAUGGUAAAAGAUCUGCUAGAAAAGUUUCCGUCGAAAGACGCUAAAGAAUAUCGUAUUUUUCUUGAAUUAUCAUCACAUGAAUUCGAUCGACUUGAUCAAUUUGCUUCGAAAACAAACUAUGAACACAAAGAUGUUCUGCAUGAAGUCCAUAUGAUAUCUGAUCUGCUCAAACGUCUUGUAUAUAAAGUGGAAGAAGAUAAACCAAUAUUCAGUAAUUUAACGUGGUCGAUUUGGCUCCGAUCAUGUGAUAUCAAUUUGAUAAUAAAAUAUAUAUUGAUUAUGAUAAUGAUUGGAGCAAUCAGUUUUAUCAGUAUUCGUUCUCAUCUCCGUCGCGGUCGAUGGUUAACAACAUUCGUUAUAGUAGGAUUCGUUGUUUCUGUCAUUCAAAAUUGGUAUACACUUUAUCAGGAAGCGCAAGCCAAAGUCGAUGAAGUUCUUAUGAAAAAAAUUCCAAAACAUUGUCAAGGUCAUCCACUGGGAGUAUGGGAUUAUGUGAAAUCUGGUUUCGGUCGUUUCUUUCUAGUGCAAACUAAUGAAUGCUUGGAAUAUCACAAAGCAUUACGUGCUACACCACAUUCACAAGUCACACCAGUUCAAGCUGUAUCAAUGACUUUUGCUCAACUGUUUGUUACACCACUUGGUGCCAUCGGUGAAAGUUUAUCACAAUUCUUUGCCGGUACUAUGCGCCAUGUGCCUAUGGUUUUAUGGCCACUUAUUAUUACUAUAAUUUUAUUUAUUGUUAUUGUUAUAAUUCUCAUGUAUUCACGAUAUGAAGUUCAUUUACCUUUUAUGAUGGGUUCUCUUCGUCCAUCGGCUAAUGCUGCAGUUUCAAUGCCACCACCACCACCACCACCACCGUCAGCAAUCGCUGAUGUGGACAAAUUAGAAAAUCGAAUAAAACAACUAGAACAACAGCUUGAAGAAAAAAAUCGUGCACUGGAGUAUAAUGCAGCAUCGCCAAUACGUUCUAGUCGUUCAUCAAGUAUAGAAAAACAAAAUCAACAGCGGGAACGUUCAUCGUCUAUUCGACGAGUACAAAUUGAAAAAGAUGAUGAGCAUGAACUACAACAACGAAUAACAACAACAGCUAUCGGCUUUAGAAAAGAUUUUCUUCCUGAUUAA